AGUAAGAGACAUGUCCUAGGGGAUAGGGAGCAAGAAACAAUGCUGGGACAGUUGGUUAUCCAUUUGGAUUAAAAUGGAAUCAGAUCCUUUUCUCAUACCUUACCCCAAAAUUAAUGCUUGAAGACUUAAAGACUUAUGUGAAAGGAUAAACUUAAAAACAAUAAUAAAGAGAGAGUAUCUUCAUGACUACAGAGUAGAGAAAGUUUUUUUAGGAUGCAAACACACAAAAUGCUAACUAUCAAAUGAUCAGUAAAUUUGACUCCAUUACAAUUAAGAACUUUGGUACAUCAUAAAAUAUAUGAAAAAUAUAAGUCAUAAACUAGGAAGAGUAUAUUUGCAACCAAUGUAACUGUAAGGAAUUAGUAUCUAGAAUACAUAAAAACUCUUCCCAAUCUAUUUUUUAAAAAAGACUACCCAGUAGAAGAAUAGGUGGAAAACAUGGACUGGGUAAUGCAAAAUAAGAUCAAAGUGAGAUUGGCAAAAAUUUAAAAAUCUAAAUACCAAGUAAUGGAGAGAAUGUGAAUCAGUGGAACUUCUUAUACAUGCCUGGCUGGUAGGAAUAUAAAUUAAUAUACUCGGGAAAACUAUGUGGCACUAUCCUAUAAAAACUAACAUUCACAAAACCCUAAGACACAGCAUUUCCUCUCUUAGGUACAUACCUUAAAGAAACAUUUGCACAUGUGGGCUGAGAGACAUAGAGAUAGCAGCAGUGUUCUGAUCCAUGCUUCUCUCUAAGAGAUAGCAUUAGAUUGUCUUCUCUAUCUACUUUAAUUCCUUUGUUGAUGUCAUCCAGUCUUAUGGAUUUAAAGCCUAUCUACCAAAGACUCUGGAAUUUGUAUCUCUAGACUAGGUAAGUAUUUCCUUGAACUCCAGAAUAGUAAAAUGAACUGCCUGCUAGUUGAAAUCUCCAUUUGGAUGACUAAUAGACAUUUCUAACAUAACAUGUCCAAAUCUGAACACCUGAUCAUCCCCAAAUAUGCUUCAUCCACUUUUGUGCUAUUAAAAUUAGUACUGCUAUGAAUGUUCUAAAUUACAUCCUUCAGUUGGUGUUAUAUGUAAGCAUUUCCACUGCCCAUAUACUUAAAAGUAGAAUUACUAGAUCAUAGAGUAUGCAUAUGUUCAACUUUAGUAGAUAUUGCCAGUUUUGCAAAAAUGGUUGUACCAUAUACUUACCAGCAAUAUGUAUAAGUCAGAUGAAUUUUUUUUAAUAUAACUUAGAUCAUGUUUUAAAAUCCAGCAAUGGCUCUUAUUUUACUCAAAGUAAAAGCAUACAGUAACCUAUGAGGCCUAACAGAGUAUAACUCAUUUCCCUCUUAAUCACUCUAACCUCACUCCUUUUCUCCCCCUUCACUCAUGCUGCUCUGGUGACAGUGGUGUCCUUGUUAAGUCUUAAACAUGCCAGUCAUGUUCCCCCUUAGGGCCUUUACACUGGUUGCUCCCUCUGUGUGUAGAAUGUUCUUCCCUCAGAUAUCCAUAUGGCCCACUCCCACACUUCUUUCAAGUCUUGGUUCAAAUAUGACCUUCUCAUUGAAACCUAAACUGAUCUCUGUAUUUUAAGUUGCAAUAUUCAAUCUUCCCCCUCACCAUCAGCCUAUCUUAGUACUUAAAAUCCUUUUUACCUUACUCUGUUUUAUUUGUUUCUUUUGAGAUGGGGUCUCACUCUGUUGUCCAGGCUGGAGUGCAGUGGCAGGAUCACAGCUCGCUGUUAUCUCAGCUUCCUAGGCUCAAGCAAGAUUCCCGCCUCAGCCUCCUGAAUAACUGGGACCACAGGCAUGCACCACCACACCCAACUCAGUUUUUGAGAUUUUUUAUGGAGAUGGGUCUCACUAUGUUGCCAAGUCUAGUCUUGAACUCCUGGGCUCGAGUGAUCCACCUCAGCCUCCCAAAGUGCCGGCAUUACAGGCACGAAGCAGCACACCCAGCCUCUCUUUUUUAUUUUAUAGCAUUUAUCACUUUCAAAUAUACUUCGCGAUUUACUUGAAUAUGAUUUACUUAUUUACCAUGUUAUUAUUUUCUUCCUCUAGUGCCCAGAACACUAUCUGGCACAUUGUAGAUAAUCUAUAUAUGUUUGUUAAGUGAAUGAAAGCAAAAAAAAAACCAACAACAGAAACUGAAAAGAGCCCAAAAGCUAAUGACAGAAUAAACAAAUUAUAGUUAUUUACAUAAAAACAUAAAUGAAAAUGAGGAAACUACAGCUAUAUGAAACUACAUAGAUAAGUCCUAGAAAUCAUAAUAUUCUUUAGGGAUAUAUGUGAUUUUUUUGUAGGAAAUUAUUUUUAAAAGAAAGGUAAGAAUAAACUCAAAAUUCAGGAUAGUGGAGACAUGAGUGGCACAAAGUGAUGGAUUAGAUGGUGAAGGAGCACAUGGAUGCAACAGUGUUGGUAUGAUCUGUUUCUUGGCUUGGAUGGUGGAUUUGAAACAGUCACUUUAAUGACUUGCACUAUUUUCUUUUGUAUGUAUCAAAUAUUGCAUAAUCAAAAUUUUAUUUAAAAUGUGAAAGUGAAUGUAAGGUCAGAAAAUAGAGUCAUGUUAUAGAGUUAAUGUUAUAUAGAGUUAUGUUAGAAAGUAGAAUUAUAUAGAGUUAUGUUAGAAAAUAGAGUUACUGUUAAUUUUGAGAAGUUUGAGAAAAGAGUGGUAGCUGGAUGGUAUGAUGGGGCAGAAAAAAAGUGUCAGUGAGAGAUGGAUGAUAUGCGUGGUUUGUGUGUGAAACUUUACCAUGUGUAUGGGCACAGAUGCAAUGGUUCAAAGAGACUGAACAAAGGAAAAGGUAAAAAUACCUGACAGGACAGAAAUGACCAGUGAAGCCAAGUCCAAGUGGAGGAUCAGAUCAAGAGUAAAAGAGGAAAGAUACCUUUGAUCUAGUGAAGGAACAAUGCUUCUUCUGCAAAUAGAGGAAAGGAAUUAGAAAAGGUUGUAUGUAAUAUUGAGUUCAGUUCCAUAACAUCAAGAGUUCAGUUUCAUGUCAAAUAAUGUGAAGAGUUCAAUUUCGAGAUAUGGUUGAAGUCAGGUUGGGGAGGGCUCUUAAAGUGUAACGAGAAUCUCUGAUAAUCAUCCUAGAAAACAGUGUAAGUGAUUGACCAGGGAAAGAUUCAUGAAAGGAUUCCUGAGCAGUGCUGACAGCUGAGUUAAGGCUGAAGAUACUAAAUUUAUAAACAUGCCAGUCUGAGUACUGCUUGAUUUCUACAGCUCAGGUGUAAGAGAAGACUGAUUGAACUUGGAGAUUUUCAGGAGAUGGGGAAGUCGAAGGAAGACAUGGAUGGGAAAGGAAAUCAGGCUAUGAAGGCAGUGUUGGAUCAGGAGAAAAGGGAGAUCACUAUGAAGAACACAUGUAGAAGAAAGAGAACUGGAGAGAUGAAAGAAAGAUAUGAUGGCCACAUGAAAGUUUGAUAUUUCAAAGAUGAGAUAGUGGAGUUCUAUGUAUUAAGUUCCAGGAUGUAUCUUUGAACAUGGGUUACUAAAAAUAGAAUGCAAGACACGAGUUCAAGGAAUUUUAAGCCUAGAUUUUGGACAUUAAAGUCAUGCUGAUGGACAACAGUUGGGAUAGAGAACAAAAUUGAACACAGUGCCAAAGUUCUCAAUAAAUGAGGACUCAGCCUUAAAGCAUUGAGAAGGGGUAGAGGGUUGUAUGCACAUAUGCCGUGAUCUCAAGGAAGAAGAAACUUUAGCAUGAAACAGGAACAACAGUGGUGAAGGGAAGCAGCCUUGGAGUAUCUGCAGACUACCAACACUGCUUCAGGAGAGGAUAGGAAGUCUCUGCUCCUGGGGCAUGCUGGGGAAAGUUUUCUACAGGACAUCCAUGCUUCAUUUCAAGGCAACACAGGAACAAGUGUUCCGUAAAAAGGUUGAGGAUAUAGGAGAAUUUAUUUAUAAUGGAAAAAAAACUUUCUAGUGAGCAUAAUGGAAAGGAUUGAAAGGAGAUGAUAAGUUAAAUAGUCAAGAAAUAGAAAUACAGGCUGUGUGCAAAUGUGAGCCAAAAUAAGAAGGUGGGCUGCAGAGGCUUGCUUUUUGUUUAGGGACUGAAGAUCAGAGACAUGGUCGGAUUUACAGGGGGGCUGGGUCUAACGUAUAUGAGUACAUUCUGUUGAGACCAGGAGAUUCCUUGCCCUUUGGUCUCGUUUUUCAGGGCAACCCUGCCUUUUCAUAGGAAUUUUGAAGUUAACAAUUACCUUUCCCCACUUGUAAGAAUAGGCCCUUACUGUCUUAUCUCCUCUGGGGUGUCUUACAUAUAUUUAUUGAGACCUAUUUCUCUAGGUUAUCCUUUGCCAGUUGUUUUCCACCUUUGCCAGUUGUUUUCCACCUUUGUGUGAGAUGGGGCCUUUGAACAUAGUUUACACUUUUUGAAAAGUAUAGCCUUAUUAUUAGAUAAUCCUGCCUUUGCCUCGCUUUGUGCCCUUGGCAUGUUACUCUGCUUCAGUUUUCUUACCUGGAAAUGAUGCUCACUUCACUUGUUAGGAUUAAGUGAGUUAACGCAAGUAAAACACUCCAAAUGAUGCCAAGUACGUACUCUGCACUAUGUGGUUAUUUUUGAAAACAUGGUGAUCAUACUUUUACAUAUUAUAACUAUUAUUUACUGAGUAUCAUCAACCAAUAUACUUGAUACUUUAAAUUUAUUUAAUUUCAUUCUCACAACAAUGCUAUGAUGUUGAUUAACCUUGUCACUGAAAUAAGCUAAGACUUCAGAGAAGAGCAGUAAAUUGCCUUGCUAAUAAAUACUGAAGCUAUUAUUAAAAUAUAUCUUUUAAUACCAAAAUUCACUUUCUUUCCACUGUACAACUUGUUACAAACCACUGUCAUUAUCAUUACCUGUAUAUUUUUGUUAGCUGUUAAUAAAUUUCCUCUGAAGUUACAUAGCACCAUAAAGUAAUGAAAGAUCUCCAAAAGUUCUUAUUCUUUCCUGUUGUAACUGGACAUCUUUGGUCUCCUUUCUGGUCUCUACUUGUUCUUGGAUAGAGAACUCUGAACCUGCACCUGAGGCUAUCUUUUCAGAUUCGUGGAUAUGAGUAAGAAUGCCAUCUACUGAGCACCUGCACUUUAAUUUAAAUCUUAAAUUAAAAAAAAAUCAGAAAGAAAAUAAAACCAAUAAUGAAAGUGGUACUCUUUAUUCUCUUAGGAGGCAAAUAACAGCCUGAAACAUAAAUCCCACCUUUGAGACACAUGUCUAUCAAACCUAUAUUCUAUACACAAUUAUUUGUGUAUUGUGGAUAUUCCUUAAGGAUUGAGUAUGGAGAAUUACGUUAUACAAUGACAUUUCAGACUGAAUCUUUUAAAUUAAUAUUAUCUCAAAUUUUCUAAAUGAAAAUUAGCAGCAGGCUGCAUGAGUAAAAAAUUAGAAGAUAGCACCUGUGGUGUUAUUGAAGUGAACACAGAAUCAUUUUACAUCAAAUAUAUAUUUCUGAAAAGUAUACUUUGAUGAGCUUUUGAAUUGGUUCAUAAGGAAGUCUGAAAGAUGGUCAAAUUCAGGGCAGCAGCAGUAGAAAUCAUUUAAUCUUUUUUUUCCCCUAUAUCAGAAAUGCUGCAAGCGGGAACGUUUGCUUUUUUUUCCCUCUUCCCCUUUCCUGGGUCACUGCAGGUCACGUGAUGACUAUCACGUGACUCGGUCAAAGGAUCUUUUCCUCUUACAGCCUUGCAAAAAAAAAAAAAAAAAAAGCCGUUCUCCAAUUAAAGCUGUUAACGUGUACUACGCCGUUUCCUUGUUGGAUUUUCUUGUUCUCUGCUGCUACUGUAAAAACGAAAUGAGUGGUCCUGCUCAGGUUCCAAUGAUGUCCCCAAAUGGUUCUGUGCCUCCUAUCUAUGUGCCUCCUGGAUAUGCCCCACAGGUUAUUGAAGACAAUGGUGUUCGAAGAGUUGUCGUGGUCCCUCAGGCACCAGAGUUUCACCCUGGUAGUCACACAGUUCUCCACCGUUCACCGCAUCCUCCUCUACCUGGUUUCAUUCCUGUCCCAACUAUGAUGCCGCCUCCACCACGUCAUAUGUACUCACCCGUGACUGGAGCUGGAGACAUGACAACACAGUAUAUGCCACAGUAUCAGUCUUCACAAGUCUAUGGAGAUGUAGAUGCUCACUCUACACAUGGAAGGUCCAACUUUAGAGAUGAACGAUCUAGUAAAACAUAUGAACGUUUGCAGAAAAAAUUGAAGGAUCGCCAAGGAACACAGAAAGAUAAAAUGAGCAGUCCACCAUCAUCACCCCAGAAAUGCCCUUCUCCCAUUAAUGAACAUAAUGGACUUAUAAAAGGACAAAUUGCUGGUGGUAUAAACACAGGAUCAGCAAAAAUCAAGUCUGGGAAGGGGAAAGGUGGUACACAAGUUGAUACAGAAAUUGAAGAAAAAGAUGAAGAAACUAAAGCAUUUGAAGCACUUCUUUCCAACAUUGUCAAACCAGUGGCCUCCGACAUCCAGGCAAGGACAGUAGUACUUACCUGGUCACCACCUUCCAGCCUCAUUAAUGGUGAAACAGAUGAAAGUAGUGUACCAGAGCUCUAUGGUUAUGAAGUUCUGAUCUCAAGUACUGGAAAAGAUGGGAAAUACAAAAGUGUAUAUGUAGGAGAAGAAACAAAUAUCACUUUAAAUGAUCUCAAGCCAGCCACGGAUUACCAUGCAAAAGUCCAGGCAGAAUGUAAUUCUAUAAAGGGAACUCCUUCAGAAGCUGAAAUCUUUACCACCUUGAGCUGUGAACCUGAUAUACCUAAUCCACCAAGGAUAGCCAAUCGGACCAAAAAUUCACUCACUUUGCAAUGGAAGGCACCUAGUGACAAUGGUUCUAAAAUCCAAAACUUUGUAUUAGAAUGGGAUGAAGGAAAAGGAAAUGGAGAAUUUUGUCAGUGUUACAUGGGCUCACAGAAACAAUUUAAAAUUACUAAACUGUCACCAGCAAUGGGCUGUAAAUUCAGACUAUCGGCCAGAAAUGACUAUGGUACAAGUGGUUUUAGUGAAGAAGUCUUAUAUUACACCUCAGGCUGUGCUCCUUCUAUGCCAGCAAGUCCUGUAUUAACCAAGGCUGGAAUUACUUGGUUAUCCUUACAAUGGAGUAAGCCCUCAGGAACACCAUCAGAUGAAGGAAUUUCUUACAUUUUAGAGAUGGAGGAAGAAACUUCAGGGUAUGGUUUUAAGCCUAAAUAUGAUGGAGAAGAUCUUGCUUACACAGUGAAAAAUCUCAGACGUAGUACUAAGUAUAAAUUUAAGGUUAUUGCUUACAACUCAGAAGGUAAAAGUAAUCCAAGUGAAGUAGUAGAAUUUACUACUUGCCCUGAUAAACCAGGCAUACCUGUAAAGCCUUCAGUGAAAGGAAAGAUACAUUCACACAGUUUUAAAAUAACUUGGGAUCCACCAAAAGACAAUGGCGGAGCAGCCAUCAAUAAAUAUGUAGUGGAGAUGGCAGAAGGUUCUAACGGAAACAAAUGGGAAAUGAUAUACAGUGGUGCUACCAGGGAACAUCUUUGUGAUCGACUGAAUCCAGGCUGUUUCUAUCGUUUACGAGUUUACUGCAUCAGUGAUGGAGGACAGAGUGCGGUCUCUGAAUCUUUACUUGUGCAGACUCCAGCUGUGCCUCCUGGCCCAUGCCUCCCUCCCAGAUUACAGGGUAGACCCAAAGCAAAAGAAAUACAGUUACGAUGGGGACCCCCUCUGGUUGAUGGUGGAUCACCCAUUUCCUGUUACAGUGUGGAAAUGUCUCCUAUAGAAAAAGAUGAACCUAGAGAAGUUUACCAAGGUUCUGAAGUAGAAUGUACAGUGAGCAGCCUUCUUCCUGGAAAGACAUACAGCUUCAGACUACGUGCAGCUAACAAAAUGGGGUUUGGACCAUUUUCAGAAAAAUGUGAUAUUACUACAGCCCCUGGGCCACCAGAUCAGUGCAAGCCCCCUCAAGUGACAUGUAGAUCUGCAACUUGUGCACAAGUGAAUUGGGAGGUUCCUUUGAGUAAUGGAACAGAUGUCACUGAAUAUCGAUUGGAGUGGGGAGGAGUUGAAGGAAGUAUGCAGAUAUGUUACUGUGGGCCUGGUCUCAGUUACGAAAUAAAAGGACUUUCACCAGCAACUACCUAUUAUUGCAGGGUCCAGGCUCUGAGUGUUGUGGGUGCAGGCCCUUUCAGUGAAGUAGUAGCCUGUGUGACUCCACCAUCAGUUCCUGGCAUUGUGACCUGUCUUCAAGAAAUAAGCGAUGAUGAGAUAGAAAAUCCCCAUUAUUCACCUUCUACAUGCCUUGCAAUAAGCUGGGAAAAGCCUGGUGAUCAUGGUUCGGAAAUCCUUGCCUACAGCAUAGACUUUGGAGAUAAACAGUCCCUAACAGUGGGAAAGGUUACAAGCUAUAUUAUCAACAAUUUGCAACCAGAUACAACAUACAGAAUACGAAUUCAAGCCUUGAAUAGCCUUGGAGCUGGUCCUUUCAGCCAUAUGAUAAAAUUAAAAACUAAGCCUCUCCCUCCUGAUCCACCUCGUCUGGAAUGUGUUGCCUUUAGCCACCAGAACCUUAAGCUGAAAUGGGGAGAAGGAACUCCAAAGACAUUGUCAACCGAUUCUAUUCAGUACCACCUUCAGAUGGAGGAUAAGAAUGGACGGUUUGUAUCCCUAUACAGAGGACCAUGUCAUACAUACAAAGUACAAAGACUUAAUGAGUCAACAUCCUAUAAAUUCUGUAUUCAAGCUUGUAAUGAAGCUGGGGAAGGUCCCCUCUCCCAAGAAUAUAUUUUCACUACUCCAAAAUCUGUCCCAGCUGCCUUGAAAGCCCCCAAAAUAGAGAAAGUAAAUGAUCACAUUUGUGAAAUUACAUGGGAGUGUUUACAGCCAAUGAAAGGUGAUCCAGUUAUUUACAGUCUUCAAGUUAUGUUAGGAAAAGAUUCAGAAUUCAAACAGAUUUACAAGGGUCCCGACUCUUCCUUCCGGUAUUCCAGCCUUCAGCUGAACUGUGAAUAUCGCUUCCGUGUAUGUGCCAUUCGCCAGUGCCAAGACUCUCUGGGACACCAGGACCUCGUAGGUCCCUACAGCACCACAGUGCUCUUCAUCUCUCAGAGGACUGAACCACCAGCCAGCACCAACAGAGACACUGUGGAAAGCACAAGGACCCGACGGGCACUGAGUGAUGAGCAGUGUGCUGCCGUCAUCCUUGUGCUGUUUGCUUUCUUUUCCAUUUUGAUUGCCUUUAUCAUUCAGUACUUUGUAAUCAAGUGAAAAUAUAACUUUAUUUUUUAACUCUAUUACAUUUUAUUUUGUCAUGUACUAAAAUUAUUUCUGUAUUGCUUUUAUAAAAAACAGUGGCAUUUAGCACUGGCAUUGAGACUAUAGCACAUCAUUUUUGCCAUUUUCAGUGCUUAUAUUGUUAGGUAGAGGCUGGCACUUUAUUAGAAAGCAAGCCACAAAAAUAUCAAUUUUGUUUUUUUUUUGUUAGGGUGGGUCUUCUUUUUUUCUUUCCCUCUCUCUUUUUUUAACAAAUGCCUUCUUAUAGAAAAACUUUCUAAGAGGCAACAAUUUAGAAUGGAUAUUUUGACGAAUCGGCAUGAGUGUAACAGUGAUAACCUGAUCUGUUUGUUUUAAAGAUUAUUACCAAGUGAAAAAUUCAGAAUGAAUAGAAUUUACACUAACAUGCUAUAUAAAAUGUUAAAGUCUGAUGCUGUGAAAGCAAUCUAGUGCUAUAUUUCUACCUCCUCAUUUGUCUUAAUUAUUUGGUAAGUGGGAUUAUGAUGAGUAACUGGAGGGGCUUAGAAACAAAAACUGGAUGAAAGAGUAUGCAUGAAGAAAAGCUUCUUUGAUAAAUGUGGAGUUCUUCAUUAUAAAUAUAUAUUCAUGAAUUCACAGAUAAGUACUUAAAGAACAGACAGUUUACUUGGCCUAAAAAUAUUUUGCUGUUUACUCAAAAAGUACCUCUUCAGGUCUUGAGAACAUGGAAAAGAACUGUGAGUGCUUUUAAAUACUUUUUAAAAAGUAAUCAUAAAAAAAUUGAAUUUCAAACCUAUUUGGCUUCUGUUUUGUGAACCUUUGAACUAUAUGUAUGUGUAUAAGGGUAUACACAUACAUAUAUGGCAUAUAAAAAGUGUACACAUAUACACAUAACAAGUGUGGAAGUAUAUAUUACAUACAUACACUCACUCUGUCUGGUAUAGGCUAAUUUUGAAGAACUCCCAUAAGUUUCUGCUGCUUCUCCCAUAACUGCUGCCACCACCAUCAGAAUUCAUAAUCAAACCUAACCUUUUUGUUUGGGGCACCAAAUCUGAAGACAAAAUUAAUUUGCACCAGUAAACUUCAAGCUGCUUUCUUUCUUGAAAACUAAACGUUUAAUGUAUAAUGUCUGUUUGGAUACUGUUCCAAAUUGUUGAUUGCAUGUGGUUAAUGUUGCAUUAGAGCACUUUGCAAUUGCAUAAUUCAUUAAUGUUUUGUGAGCUUGCAUUUGUGAGUUAUUGGAUGAUCAGACUGAAUUUUGUCAAGUAUCACAUUGUACAUCUUGCCUAGAUGUCAAUGACUGCCAGUAAUAAUACAGUUUAUAAUGAAACUAUCUACAAUUCUUGUUUUAGCACAUCUGUUAUCCGUAAAACACCUGUAACUAGCUUUUUUAAUUUAUUAUUUGAAUUUUAGGAUAGCGAAUCACUAAUUUUUAGUUGCUGAGGUUGGCAUUUUAGUGAUUAUUAAGCACUUCUGUCAGUCUUUGAAAAAAGAACAUAUGUGUUGUGCUUUGAAGAUCUCUGAAGAAUUUCUUUUAUAAUAGAAUGGGCAUGUAUUGUAACAGUUUUAUGUCAAAUGAUCUGUGCUGUAGAAAAACAUUAACCCUUGUUCAAAAAAGAAAUGGAUAAACUUGGCCUUUCUAAGUGGUAAGAAUGACCUGUCACUAUAAUAUACUGUAUGUUUACAUUUUAUUUAAAUUUAAUCUGUUAUGUAUAGGGUGAUAACCUUCCCCAAAAACAACAGUGAUUGCGAUUGUUUUCUAGAAACUUCUUUAAAGUGCCACAUUUGGCAGUACAAAUGAGUCUGAGUGUAAUAGCCCAGAGAUUUAUAUAUAGCUGAAUGUCUAAAAUGGUAAAAUGUGCCACUGUGUCAAGUUACAGUGGCUUAUGUUUUUCAUAGUAAUUCAAAUGAACCUCCUAUUUUUGAUAGUAAAUGUCAUUUAAUAGUAUACUUGCCAUUUGAGCCUCACUGCAAAAUUAGUGCAGAGGAGAAAACAAUUUUUAAUGUAAUCUUGAUUUUACCUCAUAUACUGUACAUUCCAAAAACUCUAAACUUUUUAAAGAUUAUAGAUACACUACCAAACAUAUCACCUUAAAAUUGUAUAAGGCUGAAUGAACUUCAUACAAAUGAAAAAAUCUCAUAAAAAUACAUAAACUAUGUAGCAAAAGUAUCUGUAAAAUCCAUGGAAAAUAAAAGUUGUAUCAUUCUUUUUGA